AUGGCAGACGACGCCACCUCCGCCUGGGACCCCUGCGCGACGAUCUCGACCUUCCUCACCCUCUCUGACCUCUCCGCAGCACAGAACGCCCCCAACCCGACGUUCUCGAAGCACGACCAGUGCGACUACGAGACGCCCGUCCUGAGGUUGUUGGCGGACACCAGGGCGAAAGGGUACAGGAGGGUGUGCGUCCCGCUGACGACGGAGAAGUGGAGGAGACGGUGGGAGGAGAUGUGUUUGGUGUCGGAGGCGGUGGAGGGGGGUGAUGUAUUUGAUGUUUUGCAUGGGGAAGGGAAGGAGAGGAGGAAGGAGGAGAAGGCGAGGGCGGCGGAGGCCUGGAGGCUCGCUCCUGGGUUUAGGAGGGACGAGGUGACGAUUACACGGUUGGAUGAGGCCGAGGGCGUCGUCGCGAUGAUCUCUGACUGGCUCGAGCUCGACUCGUCGGACGACGGGGUGCGGCACGACGCUGAAAUCGCCCUCCAACAAGAGCUCGCCUACGCAACCUACCUCAACAUCAACACCGCCAUCCUCCCCGCACCCCGGAACCGCAACCACGUCGCGUCCUACGCGCGCAUCGUCUCCGCGUGCCUCGCCCGAUCGCCCUACAUCAGCCUCUCCGUCCGACUCCCAAUCUAUAACCCCGAGGUGUUCAACCAUCCUGGGUCGCCGAUCGCUGCGUUCCACCCUGCGUCGCCCGCUUUGUCGGUGUCGAGCCAGGGCUUGCAGACGGGAGCGGGAGGCACGCCGAGGACGCCGUCGUUGGUCGUUUCGGAGGUGGGGGAGAGCAGUGGGCAUGGUCAUGGACAAGGGCCGGGGCAAGGAGGGUCCGGUGCAUCGCUGAACGCGACUUGGGAGAUGUGGGAUGUUAUACGGUCGAUGUGUGACUACAACCCGCGGUUGACGUUGACCCUUGACCUCACCCCUGCGCUACCUACGACACUCGGUGUGCUCAGCAAGUGGGCUGCCGAGUCUGUACGGCAUAUUUUCUUGCCCUCGUCGACGUUUAUCGCGAACACGAAGGGGUAUCCCGUCCUCCCGAAGCCGACGCAGCAGUUCAUUCGGGACAGCAUGAUCCACCAACCCACGAUCAUCCUCGGAGGUGUCGGCGAAGGCCAUCACUCACGCGGUGGAGAGGCCGCAUACACCCAGUACGUGCGGCAUCUGGAGAAGACGAGCCCCGCGGUGCAGGCUGUCAAGAAGGAAGGCACCGUCGAGAACUUCGCGAAGGGAUACCAGGAUUAUCUACAGGCGCCGUUGCAGCCACUGAUGGAUAAUCUUCCGAGCAUCACGUACCAGACGUUCGAGCAAGAUCCUGUCAAAUAUGCGUUGUAUGAAGAAGCGAUGUACAGGGCCUUCCUCGAUCAUCCGGCUGGAGAGAAGAUCGUGGUAUGUGUGGCAGGCGCAGGCAGAGGCCCACUCGUCGCCCGCUGCUUCAAUGCACUCAACAGGGCUCGACGCGAGGCAACGGUCAUGGCAGUUGAGAAGAACUCUAACGCCUUCGUCACAUUGCAGGAAAGAAAGCAAAAAGAGUGGGGCAACAGCAUCCACCUCAUCUUCGGCGACAUGCGUGUCAUUGAUGUACCCGAGAAGGCGGACAUCCUUGUUAGCGAGCUGUUGGGCUCGUUUGGCGAUAAUGAGCUCAGUCCUGAAUGUCUCGACGGGGCAGUGAGGUUCUUAAAACCGAAUGGAAUAUCGAUACCCUCAUCAUACACUGCGCACCUAGCACCUCUAUCCUCGUCAAAACUAUACAACGAGGCCCGGUCGACAAAGAAUGAGAAGAGCCUCGAAACGCCGUACGUCGUCAUGUUCCAGGCAGUCAACAUCCUGAGCGGGACGAAGGCGACGAUCGAUGGGCGGUGUGGCCCGCAGGUACAAGAGUGCUGGGAGUUUGAGCAUCCGAGGAGGGAAGCGGUGCUCGAUGCGAGAGGGCUGCCUUUCACGAAUAGCCAUAAUGCGCGCUCGGCGACGAUGCGGUUUUAUAUCCCGCAUGCGGGGACUCUGCAUGGUCUUGCAGGAUACUUCGAAGCGGUGUUGUAUGGGAACGUAGGUCUUAGCAUACACCCACAUCGAAAAGACCAGGUAUCGAAAGACAUGCUGAGCUGGUUCCCUCUGUUCUUCCCGUUCAAGGAACCCCUCUACCUCCCCAGCAACUCCGAACUACAGGUCUCAAUCUGGCGACUGACGAACGAGCGGCAAGUAUGGUACGAAUGGCACGCCGAGUCGUUCAUCUGCGUCCCUGCGCUCACCACGAGCCCAACCGAGGAGCAGCUCCUCGCCCAGAGCGGGAGCUUCCCGUCCACGCCAUCGUUCUCGUCGUUCGCGAUGAGCGCACCGAGCCCGCUCGCGGACUCAAGGGAGAACUUGUACUUGGAUACGGCGAGGCUGGGUGUGGGUGACGGUAAUGGAGGGGUGACGCAUGAGAUUGUGAAGAUUGGGCAUACGAGCUUGCAUAAUCCGGGUGGGAGGAGCAGUUGGAUUGGGCUGUGA